AGAGCUAACCUAACACUCGAAAGAAAGUCUAGUAAAAUGUGAUUUGCCAGUCGAAAAACCACAACAACUAUGACACAACAGGAAAACAAGCAAGCCUUUCCCAGCACUGUUCGGGAUGUGGCUGAAGAUGUGGAGCGCCUGGUGCGGGACACCAAUGAGGAUCUGCGAAACUUCCGACAGGAUCAAGACCAUCUGCGAGUCCAUGUCAAAAAAGUUCUACAUGAUAACCAUCGGCUAAGUAGCGAGUUGACCAAGUGCAGGAAUACCCUGGCCAGUGGGGAUUUCCAGGAUCUAAAGCAGCGCCUAAAACUGACCAACAAUGCCUUGGACGCAGCCAGAAAGCAGGUGCAGGGACUUCUCAAGGAGAGGAAGAGCCUGCAGGCCAUGCAGGACUUCUCCAAAAGGACCAUCGAGAACAUGGAGCUGGAGCUGAGAAACUAUCGCGUCCAAAUGCAAGAGUCGGGUGAUAAUCAGAUCAUCCAGAGGUACUCGAAGGUCGUGAAAAUGUUGGAGGCCAAGAUGAGUGCCCAGCAAGAGGAGCUGCGCACGCAGGCGGAGACCAUAAAGGCGCUUCACGAGCACAAGCAGAGCAGCGGCGAGCAACUGCAGCAGUUGCACAGCCAGUUGAAGGAUCUAGAACAAGAUCAGGUCAAGGUCUCUACCCUCCAGAAGCAAUUGAAGGAGUGUGAGGUGUCCCUAAGUCAUACCCACAAAAUGCUAAUCGAGAGCACAAGGCGAGAAUCGGCAGCCAUGCGAAAGGUCGAGGAGGCCAUCACGCUAAGCGAAGAGGCCACCAAGGAGAAAAUGGAGGCCAAAAAGCUGGCCGAGGCAUACAAGGAGGAGGUCAAUCAGCUGGCCACCGAUAUAAGCAGCGUCAUGGAGGACGCAUCCAUUCGUGUGGACAACGAAGUGGCCAAGUUGAAGAGCAUGCUCAAGCAGAAGGACACUUUGAUUACCAACAUCAAGGAGAGGCUAAAGAAGGAGUCGGCCGAGCACAAGUCGGUGGUUCACCAGCUGGAGGUGCAAAACAAUCGCUUGGAGCAGAAGUACAAGGAGGUACUGAAGCAAAACGAUAAGCUGGAGGCCGAAGUGGAGGUCACCGGUAGGCGACUCAACGACUUAGAGAGAUCCCUCAACGAAGAGAACUGCGAAGAUUUUCAAGAGGCCAAAAUUAAAGAACACUACGAGUCCGAGAUGGAGCGCUAUCUUCUGGCCCAAAAGCAGAUGAAGUCCAGAUACCGAGCGGCCAUGGACGACAUCACACAAGACUUCGAGAAGGUUAUUUACAGGCUGACGAAGGAGAACGACGAGCUGCGGGCCGACAAUGAACUGCUGAAGAACGGUGCCGCCGGUGAUAGCUUCCGGCAGACUCUCUAGACCUAACCGUUCAUUUUACAGUUGUACAAAGAUAUAUUUUAUGAUUGCGAUAAUUGUACAGAUUAAAUUAUUUUUAUCGGAGCAAGGAAA